AUGGCACUGGCGCCGCGUGUGUCGCGCGCCCUCCGCCCCGUCCCCUCCGCAUCCCCCUCCCCCGCCGCCGCCGCGCUCCUCGCCUCGGCAUCGCCUCUCCCGGUGCGCCGCUUCCUCCAGCUCCACGCGCACCUGCUCCGCACGGGCGUCCUCCCCCUCGCGCCCGCCGCCGCCGCCGCGCUCCUCUCACUCGCGGCCGCCUCCCUCCCGCCCCUCCGCGCGCUCGCCGUCCUCCACCACCACCUCACCCCGGCCUCCGUCCCCUCCACUUUCUGCUGCAACUCCAUCCUCCGCUCCCUCUCGGAGCCCAGCGCCCUCGGCUUCCUCCGCCGCAUGCGCGGCCUCGGGCGCCGCGGGAACGCCUUCUCCCUGGCCAUCAUCCUCAAGCCCUGCCGCACCCUCGCCCACGCGCGCCAGCUGCACGCCAACGUCGUGGCCGAGGGCCACCUCCGCGACGCCCUUCUGGCCACCUCGCUGAUGCGGUCCUAUGCCACCUGUGGCGCCGGGGACAGCGCGCGCAAGGUGUUCGACGAAAUGCUUGUCAAGGACACCGUCGCGUGGAACGUUCUCAUCACUUGCUACGCGAGGAAUAAGAGGACGAAGGACACUCUGAGGCUCUUCGAUGAGAUGAGGAAAGGUGAUGGUGAGGCGGGGCCGGAUGAGGUGACCUGCAUUCUGCUCCUCCAGGCAUGCACGAGCCUGGGCGCGCUCGACUUCGGGGAGAAGAUCUGGGAGUAUGCGGUGGAACAUGGUUAUGGUGGCGAGCUGAAGGUGCGCAACUCAUUGAUCACGAUGUACACGAGGUGCGGGUGUGUGGAGAAGGCGUACCAGGUUUUCUGUGAGACUCCUCGGAAGAGUGUGGUCACAUGGAGUGCGAUGAUCUCGGGAUUAGCAGCAAAUGGCUUCGGGGAGGAUGCUAUCUUGGCAUUUGAGGAAAUGAGUAAAUCAGGUGUUGCUCCUGAUGCGCAGACUUUUACUGGUGUGCUCUCUGCAUGCAGCCAUAGUGGGUUGGUUGAUGAGGGUUUCAGGUUUUUUGAUAUGAUGCGCUGUGAGUAUCAGAUGAUGCCAAAUGUUCGCCAUUAUGGAUGCAUUGUUGAUCUAAUGGGCCGUGCUGGGUUGCUUGAUGAAGCAUACCAGCUUGUGGUUAAAGAGAUGAAGGUUGCACCUGAUGCGACAAUUUGGCGAACUCUUCUUGGUACAUGCCGGGUGCAUGGUCAUGUUGAUCUUGGAGAGAAGCUCAUCAGUCAUCUAAUUGAACUGAAAGCGCAGCAAGCUGGUGAUUAUGUUCUACUGUUAAAUACCUAUGCGGCGGUUGGGGAUUGGAUAAAGGUAGCGGAAGUUAGGAAGUUGAUGAAGGAGAAUGGAAUCCAAACUACCCCUGGCUGCACAACUGUAGAGCUUAACGGUGAGCUCCAUGAAUUUAUUGCAGAUGAUGAUUCACAUCCAAGAAAGGCUGAGAUUUACGGGAAGCUUGAUGAGAUAAACAGGCAUUUGAGAAUUGCUGGUUAUGUUCCAAAUGUGUCAUCUGAGUUGCAUGAUUUGGAUUCAGAGGGGAAGGAAUGUGCCCUGACCUAUCACAGUGAAAAGCUAGCAAUCGCUUUUGCUCUUCUUGUGAUGCCACAGCGUAGACCAAUACGGCUGGCAAAGAAUCUCCGUGUUUGUGUAGAUUGCCACAAUUUCACGAAGGUAUUUUCUGGCGUUUAUAACCGAUUAGUGAUUGUAAGAGACAGAACCCGAUUUCAUCAUUUCGAGGGAGGCCAGUGUUCAUGCAAUGAUUAUUGGUAG